GUUUUGUGUUAUGCGAUUUGCUGCUUUUAGCUCGUAAGGCGUUUCUACUUUUCUCUGCAGCCAAUGGACUUUUUUCUUUGUAGCGAUGCAUUACAUGUCCUCCUAUUGGCCAGCUGUCACGGCUUGCUCCGCCUUCCCUGAAAGAUGAGUAAACCGCAGCUAGGAUUGCUAAAUCAUGGCUACAUUCAUGGAACGGUUUGCCUUCCUUCAGAAAGUGCCAACUCUGAUGAAGGCUACAGCAGAUGAUGAGAGCCCAUGUCCCGGUUACCUUUUUCAAGAAAUUGGAAAAAUCUCCCAUGAGUCCAUGGGGAGUGAUCAGUGUUUGUUAGAGUACCUGCUAGAGAGACUUCAAGUUGAGUCCUGUCAUGUCAAGCUCAAGGUGUUGAAAAUCUUCGUUCAUCUGUGUGGCCAUGGCUCCAAACAUUUUCUCACUGAACUCAGGAGGAAUUCCACCUUCAUCCAGCAAGCCUCAGUAUACAGUGGGCCUCCUGAUCCAAUCCAUGGCAUGGCUUUGUAUCAAAAAGUAAGACAUACAGCACAAGAAGUUGCAAGGCUGCUUUUUACCGAUGCACUUUACAUAAAAAGUGGUGUGCUGCCAUUGAGCAUGGCACCCUCAGCAGUGGCCUCUAAAUGCACAUUUCACCCUGUUGCCGGCCAUCAGUUAACUCAGCAGACUGAUGUUACAUCCGAGGAAGGAAUGGGAUCAGCAGCUUCCCACAGGACUGGCCUGCAGGGAUUUGGCUACAAUCCAGGGAAGAAGGGGGCAGCAGGAAAUGAUUCACUUAUGGAUAAAAUCCAGAAGGCUGCAGAAGUAGUAGCCAGUGCUGUCCUUCCUCCGACAGAACAUCAGGGCAUCCGUCUCCAUGACAACAACUACCGUGCUGUCGUGGCACCCUCUGCACCAAUAGAAGUGGCUGUACCAGCAUGUGCCUACAGUCUGCCUGCACGCAAAAGUCUAAAAAUGACCCAGCGAUGCCCAGGGCAGGUUGGAGGUGGCUGGGAAGAGACGGACAGCGGCAACAACUCCUCUCACAACUCAUCUCAGGACAUCUCAACCACUAGCAGGACAUCCGCGGGGUGCAAUGGGAGCCAAUCAGGGGCCAGCAGAGAAAGCAGCGGAGACUUAUCGGAGCGGGUUGAAGCGUUGCAAUUGGGAGACUGCGUCCAGGAGAUGGCGCUCAUCAGCAAGCUGACUGAAGGUUCUAGAGUAUUUUUGUCCAAUGAGGAGAGCCAGUACUUUAUCAAAGAGUGUUCCACUCUCAACUGUGAGGUAGUGGUGGAGUUGCUUUCAAGCAUGCUACAGGAUCCGUCCAACACUGUUAACAUGAGAGCAUUGUGUGCCGUAGCCUGCCUCAUGACUGCAGACCUUCUCUCUCUGGAGCAAAUCUUUGGAGCGACGCAACGUCAGCUUCGUCAGCUAAGUGAAGGCCCACCGGGACCUGUGGCCAACAAAGCCACGAAGAUCCUGAGACAGUUCAAGGCCCUGAUGGGUGGAGUUCACCAUGCCGCCAAACAGGAUCCAGCCAGCAGUAGUCAUCAAGUCAACCACACAUCCAAGCAAGUGCUUACGUCAACAUACGCAGGUUCUUUAGACCCCACACUCUCUCCUCAUAAUGAUUACAUCAGUGUGGAUGAGAAACCUUCCCUUAAUGAACAGCAAUUUCUCCUGGCUCCUGUUAGGACUGAAGUUAUAUUAGCUGCUAAAAAGGAGGCGUGCGCUCAGCCUUGUGGCAAAAGACUGUCCUUGUUCAGUGGUAUGAAUCUAGUCAGCAGGGCGACGCCUCUGUGUCAGACUACAACAUCACAUAUGGACCCAGACUCACAACAGGACUCUGUAAAAGAGAACCAACCUGACAGUCCAGCUUCAGUUGUGUGUGACGGCAGUCAACAGUCGUCUGCAUUCUCGUUUCUUAACUCUUGACCUUUGGCAAGACAUUUUCCCAUUUUACAACUGUUAGCAAUGUCAGAUAUUCCUUUUCAAAAAUGAGGAAAAAGUAUAAAGUUUGUGGAAAGCAGUAAUGGGCAGAGGAAUCCUGUAACAUUUGGUGCUUUAAAGUCACUUUUUCCCCCCACAGCUCCCUUUUAUCUAAUUAGCAAAUUUUAUAUAAAAUAUUUUAUGUAUGCAUCUAAAUGUAUUCAAUAAAUUCAUGUACGAAUUCAAAUAAUACAAUUAAACAUUUGAAAACUAUUUAAUUGAAAAAUCCAAUGUGACCUUUAGGCACCAAACUUUAUAGACUUUGUUGUUCCGUUCCAUUGCUCUCAUGCAGGUGGUCACGUCCAACUAUGUGCACAUUUUUAGACUCAUCUUUGGGACUUUGUCUCCACAAGUAUUGACUGGAUCUGUUUCGGAAAUACAGCUUAUUGAGUCAUUUAAUCUCAGGAUUCAUUUAAAACAGCAAAAACAACCUCCGCAGAUUCUGAACCAACCAACUUGCACUCUUUAAUCCUCUUCCUGCAUUUGCUAUGAUACUAACACAAAUGUCUGAUUGUGAAAGUCAUGAUUAUUUGUUGUUUAUGUUAACAUGCUAGGCGUUGUGGUGAAAGCGACGAUUCCAAGAAGCAAGACAUUUGAAUUCCGUACAAUGACACAGACUAGUUGUCAUGUAAACAAAUAAAAUGCAUAUCUGCUUUUGUCUUGAUUUUAAAAAAAGAAAAGCCUAGUAUGAUGAUAGUUUAACUGCUAAAGGCAUAGACUUCUUAUCACUACAAAUAGUUUUUUUCUGUUAAAAAUUCUUGUGAAUAAAGGCUUAAAUCCCUGAAUACUUCAUAGACAUGGAAGUAAAACAUCCUCCAUUCUUGGUUAAAAGCACACAAAAAAAAAAAAAAAAACAGGCAGAUAACAUUUAUUUUACGUAAAUAUUGCGAAUUAUGACGCCAAUGCCGAAGCGGUUAAUUUCUCCCAUUGAUUUUUUUCUCGUUUCAAAAUGCAUGCAUGGUACAAAAAAUAUAAUAAUUACCUUGAAUCAUCGAACAAAUCACUCCUUACACAAUCCUUCCUGUUUGUAUGCGGUACAGCUUUCGUAAUUUUUCAACCUAAAUCCGGCGUUGGAUUGCUGCAUGUGUUUGAGAAUAACUGCGACCGACUUCGACCUACUGAAGCGAAGUGUGGGACGGCCCCCUACUUGAAGGCGUGGUGCAGUUUCUGGGGAAAGUGUCCCGUCAAUAUCAUUAUGAAGUCUAUGCUAAAGGUUAAAAAUACGAUUGUGGUCUUUUCCAUAAAGGGGUAAAAAUUGACAAAAAAGUACAAAAGGCAGUGCUAAAUUUUAAAAGACUUAAAUGUCUUCAAUUUGAAAGAGGGGUAGUUAAGGUCUUAAAUUGGCUUAAAUUUUAUAGAAAAUUGCAGUAGGUAUUACAUUUCCAGACAAUGUUUUUAAUGCCAGGGAAAUCACUGUAGUCUGCCGUAAUACUUCUAAUGGUAUGUAUUUUUUUUUUUAUUAAUGGCCGUGCACUAAAUACGACAGUUUGGGAUUAAUAUACAGUGUAUAUGAUACCGUAAAUUGUCUGGAAUCUUGAUGUACGUUAGGGACUUGAGUUGUCGCCAUGACGCCAUUUCCUGGUUAUUCGUGGUUGAAGAUGUGAGCAUGAAUAUGCAGAGAUAGGGAAGUGUGAAUUUAACCAAAAAUAGAUGGAGGAUGGUUUAUUUAAGAAGUGGUUGGCCCCUGGUGAAAAUAACAGUGCCCAUUGCAAAGUAGGGAUGUGACAAUAUAUCGAAGAGGUGAUAUGUCGCGGUACUUUGAAGCCCAAAAAGUUAUCAAUAUGCUUCCACAAAGAAUCGAUAUAUCGUUUUAAAUAGGUGUCACUGUUUAAUAAAAAAGGAACCAACAGGUUGCUACCAAAAUCUUCCAGUAGAAUAAUGUCUAUGUUAGGCACUGGCUGCCAUUGACGCCGCUAAUCCAUUUUGAUUGGAUUGGACGUCUAGCGUCGUCAAUGGCACUGAAACCACAGUUUUCCCUGCCAGUCUUUCGUGUGCAUUUAUAGGUCACUUCUCAUUCAUUUUAGCGCAUUUACAAGUUAAUUUCUGUUGAUUUUGAGUCACUUCCUAUUUAUUUGGGGACAUUCUUGAGUCACUACCUUUUCAGUCACCCAAAAUCAACAGGAAGUGACCCGUGAAUGCCUCAACAUGAAAAUAAAUGACCGAAAAUCAACAGGAAAUGCCCCAAAAUUAAUUGGUUGCCUGACAUUGCCACGGAUCAUUCGCUGCCACCCUCCCAGUUCAAAUGAUUGGACGUCUUCUCGUGAUAAGCUUGUUCCAAUUCACAGCAGGAUGAAAAGAGCUUGUUUUCCUUUUUUGUUGUUGUUUGUUUGUAGAAUGAUUGACCCAUGUAUCAAUGAUUAUUGUAUCGCCAUAUCGUGAAAUUGUUAUCGUGAGCCUUGUAUCACAAAUCGCAUCAUAUCGUGAGGUACUCAGAGGUUCCCACCCCAUAGACUUCAUAAUGAUAUUGACAAUACAUGGUCAAUGUGGCGGCCGCCAAAUGUAAGCAGGGCUUUUCCGGUGAAAAUUCUUUUGUAUAAAUGCUUAAAUCCCUGAAUUCUUUAUAGAUAUGGACGUAAAACAGUCUCAAUUCUUGGUUAAAAGCAAAAAAAAAAAAAAAGCGUGCAGUUAGCAUUUAUUUUACGUAAAUAUGUCAAAGUACGAUGUUAGUCAAUGUGGCGGCCGCCAUAUGUAAACAGAGCUUUUACGUUGACAAUUCUUGUGAAUAAAUGCUUAAAUCCCCGGAUUCUUUAUAGAUAUGAACGUAAAAGUCUCGAUUUGUUAAGAGCAAAAACAGGGCAUUUAGCAUUUAUUUUACGCAAAUAUGUCGAAAAACGAUGCUAGUCUAUAGCAGUUAAUUUCUUCCAUUGAUUUUUUUCACGUUUCAAAAUGCAUGCAUGGCACGAAAAAUAUAAUUACCUUGAAUCCUCGAACAAAUCACUUCUGAGACUAUCCUUCCUGUUUGUAUGUGGUACAGCUUUCGGACUUUUUCAACCUAAAUCUGGCGUUGGAUCGCUGCAUGUGUGACUAACUGCGACAGACUGCGAAUAACAAGCGACUUUAGGACGCCCCCCUACUUGAAGGCGUUGCGUGGUGGCUGAUGGAUGUGACCCGUCAAUACAAUUAUGAAGUCUAUGUCUACCCCUAGUGAAAAGUCUGCAAAAAGACAUUUGCAUCUGGGACUAAAAAUACAAGCGGCCUAUGGCAGCAGCUCUGUUUACAGUAAAACAAAUUUUUCAUCAGACAUUGUUGCAACAUGUUUUGGUCUUAUAUAUUUUAAG